AUGUCUUUACCUCCGACAUACACUUUAUCUACCGACUAUUUCAAAGAUGCUUUAGAUUUUUUGAAAAACCACCAGUGGGUGUACAAUUAUCCGAAUACGCGAAUUCUAAUUCAAGAUAUAUUCGCGCAUAUGCCUCCCGAUUGGUUACGAUAUUUUCAAGAUUUACCCAACAGUGAGUUGAACAAAUUACCAUUGAAUCGAAUGAAGUCACCCCCAUCUAGUCUUAAAGAACUAUUAGAUAAAAUAGAUCGACUAAAACCCGAAUUGGAAAAUGAAAUUUCGCCAGAAGAAGUAAAUAAAUUCCAAUUUUUACAUAAUAGUUGUUUGAGUGACAAAAAGCGCCACGAAAUUAUCGUUUUGGCACCAGUAAUCAAUAAUAUUUGUAAAGAUAUACGGGCGCAGUUAGUAGUAGACAUUGGUUCAGGUUUGGGUUAUCUAUCGCAUCAUCUGCAUUCUACUUUCCAAUAUAAAGUAGUGGGCAUUGAAAGUUCAAAGGAAUACGUGGAAAUGUCUCUAAAGAAUCAAUCAAAGUUUCAUCAUGAUUCUAAAGAUGAAGUUAAGUUCAUAGAUCAUUUUAUAACAACCGAAUCAGAUGAAACUCUACGUUCUAUAAUUGAAAGUAAUUUCGAUUCAUUGGGGCUCCAAUCGACUUGCCUAGUUGGUCUACACGCUUGCGCCGAUUUAAGCGUUACUGUCUUAGAUUUAUUCACGAAAUUAGAUUUUCGACGCUCUUAA